AUGUCUGACAACCCAUCAUUCGUGCUCAAGGGCAUCCUGGAUACUGAGAUCAAAAGCCAGUUCCAGAGAGUUAUUGGCGCCAAUGAGAUCCUCGUGGAAGUGAAGAAGACUGGAAUUUGCGGCACCGACGUGCACUUUCUCGUCCAUGGAAGUGUUGGCAAUUUUAUCGUAGAGAAGCCUAUGGUGCUGGGUCAUGAGUCAGCAGGCGUGGUGUCGAAAGUUGGUCCCGGCGUGACCAAUGUCAAGGUGGGUGACCGAGUGGCUAUGGAACCUGCCGCAACAUGCCGCAAGUGUGAAGCUUGCAAGGAAGGUCGCUACCAGGCGAGCAUGAUCUGCCCCGAUAUCAUAUGUGCUGCUACUCCCCCCACAGACGGCACUCUCACUCGUUAUUACCGCCUCCCGUCUGAUCUCGCUUACCCACUUCCACCAAGUCCCAGUCUUGAGGAUGGAGCACUGAUGGAACCUCUUUCCGUGGCAGUCCAUGCUGUCUCGAAACUCGGUGCUUUGCGGUCAAACCAGUCCGUUGCCGUCUUUGGUUGUGGACCAGUUGGACUUCUAUGUAUGGCCGUCGCGAAAGCUCUGGGUGCUUCCCGCGUUAUUGCUGUGGAUGUCAUUCCUGACCGCCUCGAGUUUGCUAAAACAUACGCUGCAACUGAUACCUUCCUACCUCCUUCUAUCGAUAAGGGCGAGUCGGGGGUCGAGUUCUCAAUACGCAAUGCCCAGACAAUGAAGGAGAAGCUUGGCAUUGCUGAGAAUGGAUCUCGGGCGAUUGACUUGGUUUUGGAUGCUUCUGGCGUAGAGGUCGCUAUCCAGACAGGUAUCCGGAUCGCCAAGAGUGGUGGUACCUUCGUUCAAGUCGGCAUAGGUAAUCGCGAUAUCACCAUUGACAUGUUUGCUGUCCUUUGCAAGGAGCUCGUUCUCAAGGGUUCCUUACCACUCGCUCCUGGCGACUACUCUCUCGCCAUUGCCCUUGUUGCAUCAGGCAAGGUCGACGUCAAGUCCCUGGUAUCGCACCGUUUCUCAUUCAGGCAGGCAUGUGAGGCAUUUGAAAUCACUCGCAACGGCAAGAGUCCCGAUGGAAAAGGGGUUAUCAAGGUCAUGAUCUCCGGUCCUGACGUCGACAUCAAUGAGGUUUGA